AUAUACUGAAGCCCAUUUCCCUCGAAAUUCUUAAUCGUUACUCUCUCUUUCUCUCGCUAUAUUCCGUUCUCUUCAUCGAACAACUUCUUCGCCGGCGGCGAUAUCUCCGGCCGCCGCCUCGUGGUUCUCCUCCAAAUAUUCCGUUCAUUGCUUCUCAUUUUUCUUAUGCGUUUGUUCGUUCAGGUCUUGAAUUCAUAAAUAAAGGAAACUUAAUAUUUGAAGUUAGUCUUUGCUGUACUCGAAGUUUUGGAAGCUUUUCACAAUGAGUGCAGCUGAAGAUCUUGUGAACAAAACAGAAGGUGGUGGAAAAGAAAGCCAGGACAAACACAUCACAGGUCCUACAGAAGAUCCUGUGAAAAACAAUGAUGAUUCUUCUGUAAAUCCUGUAAAUCACCAGACAGCAGGUGGUGAUGAAAAUCUUACAAGCGAUCAGUUAAAGGGUCCAGUAAAUAUUGUGAACUACCAAGCAGGUGGGGCAGAAAGACCUGUAAGUGGCCAAACAGAUGUUGAACGAAAUCUUACUAGUGAACAAGUGGGUAUUGCAGGAAAUAUGGUAAACAAUCUAGCAGGUGUUGCAGAAACUCCCGCAAAGGAACACAUUGCAGGUGGUGCAGAAAAUUCUGUACACAAUGAAGCAGGGGCAUCAAUAAGUGGUAUGGAGGACGAAGCUGGUGGUGUAGAAAGUCCUAUAAACAGCAUUGUAGUUGCUGCAGAAAUUUCUGUAAGCAACCAAGCAAAUGCUACAGCAAACAUAAAAGAAAAUGCAGUUGAAACCCCUGUAGCCUGCAAAUCAGAUCGCCUUCCGGAAGAAGCACAGGAGAUACUGAAAUCAUUGGCUAGUCACUGGGAGGAUGUACUUGAUGCAAAUGCAUUGCAGGUCUUCCCUCUCAAAGGAGCAAUGACGAACGAGGUAUUUCAGAUAAAGUGGCCAACUUCGACAGGAGAAACUUCACGAAAGGUUAUUGUUAGAAUUUAUGGCGAGGGUGUGGACGUGUUCUUUGAUAGGAGUCAGGAGAUUCAAACAUUUGAAUUUAUGUCAAAGAACGGGCAAGGUCCUCGUCUACUAGGACGGUUUGCAAAUGGUCGUGUUGAAGAGUUUAUCCACGCACGGACAUUAUCAGCAGCUGAUCUACGUGAUCCUUCCAUUUCUGCUCUUAUAGCGGCCAAAUUGAAGGAUUUUCAUGAUUUAGAUAUGCCUGGUGAAAAGGAAGUCCACCUUUGGGAUAAAUUGCGAAAUUGGCUUAGUGAAGCCAAACGUUUAUCAUCCCCUAAAGAAGUUGAAGCAUUUUAUUUGGACACAAUAGACAAAGAAAUCGCCAUGUUGGAAAAGGAACUAUCAGGCUCACACCAAAUGAUAGGAUUUUGUCACAAUGAUUUACAAUAUGGUAACAUAAUGCUUGAUGAAGAGACCAAUUCUGUGACCAUCAUAGACUAUGAAUACGCUAACUAUAAUCCAGUAGCAUUUGAUAUAGCCAACCACUUCUGUGAGAUGGCUGCUAACUAUCACACAGAAGAGCCUCAUAUCCUUGACUACAAUAAAUAUCCAGAUUUUGAGGAGCGUAAAAGAUUUGUGCUGGCAUACUUGAGUGCCUCUGGUCAACAGGGCAGUGACAAUGAAGUGGAGCAACUACUUCAAGAAAUUGAAAAGUAUACACUUGCAAAUCAUCUAUUCUGGGGCGUUUGGGGAAUAAUCUCGGCACAAGUAAACACAAUCGACUUUGACUACAAGGAGUAUGCUAAACAGAGAUUUCAAGAGUACUGGGCAAGAAAACCUUAUCUUUUAAUAAACUCCGAAUCACCUUCUCCGUAUAAUGCGCCCGAAGGUACAGGAGAACUAGCAUCAGCAGCUCCCAGCCACAAAUCAAGGAACUCUGGUAUCUUCAGGAAGAUGAAGAGAGUUUUGGGUCUGGGUUUGUUCAGGUCCAAGAGCUAGAACAUAAUUUUUCCACUUUCUCUUUCAUUCAAUAUUUCCAUUACACAUAAAUUAUUACAU